GCUGGGGCCGGUUAAGGUGUCCCGGCCCUGAAGGCCCCGCCGAUGCAGCCCGGCCUGGCCUGGUCCGGUCCGGCCCGGCCCGGCCCGGUCCCGCUGGUGGCGCGGUGCCCUUAAGGGGCUUCAGGGGCGGCGGCGGCGGCGGCUCCCUGCGCGCAGCGCCAGGGCUAUGGCGGCGGCGGAGCGAGGUGGGCAGGGCUCCCUGCAAUCUCCGCUCCCCGCCGCCCGCCGGGAAGAGGACAUUUUAGAUGAGGCAACAAGAAAAGACCUUUUCACUGACACUUUCUGUAAGGUUUGUGGGGCAGUGCUGCAGUUUGAGUCUCAAAGGACGUCACACUAUAAGGGCAAAAAACAUGCUCAGAAAGUUCGUGUUUACAUCCAAACGCAUGGUGAGAAAGAUGAGAGACAGGAGCAUGGCAAACAGAAGAAAACUAACUGUAUCAAUUUUCAGAUGGAUGGGAGUGGAGUAGUGGACAAAAACAAAUAUUGCAAUCUCUGCAACAUGUUUUUUACUUCCCCAGUUGUUGCUUUGUCUCACUACUUGGGAAAGAUCCACGCUAAAAAGCUGAAGCAAUUAUCAGGAGACCAAGCCCACAUGCCAGCACGGAGCAUGCAGCCUGUUUCUGCUUUACAGAAGCCAUUGGCUGAAAAUCCCUUGCUGCCUUCAAAAGCUGAAGAGGCUUCAUCAUCCUCCAACAUAAGACUGAAGUUAAAUGAUCCAGACAAGUACUGUAAGCUCUGCUGUGCUCCCUUCAAUAAUCCACUUGUGGCCCAGCAGCAUUAUGUUGGUAAGAAACACAGAAGAAAUGAAGCACGGAAAAAGAUAUUGGAGGAACUAGGAGACAAAGCUGUGCCUGCAGAAUCCGGCACAAAUGCUGUUGGGGUUGGUUAUUACAUGUGCCACGUAUGUAAUGUCACACUUACAUCUAUAGAAACGUACCAGUCCCAUAUGCAGGGAAAUAAGCACCGGAUUAAAGAAACAGCGCUUGUCGAUCUCAUGAAGAAAUCAAAGAAAACAUAUGACUCCUUUCAAGAUGAAUUAACGGAUUACAUGAAAGUUCAGAAAGCUAGAGGUCUAGAGCCAGGAAGGUAUUUAGGAAAAGCAGAAGAGGAAGGGUUUCAAGAUAAAAACAUUGAAGGAGGAAGUGACCUUGGUGAGGUUAUAUCUUCAAACUUUAAGUGUGAACAAACCCAGCAUUCCAGCGUUUUCUCAGAAACCCAGUCACCUACAAAUACUGGGGAAAACAAAUGGCCAAGCUGGCCAUCAGCUUGUGAGCAUGCACUAGAAAAGACACCUAAUUGUUGCUAUAACAGGGGAUACUGUAAAGAAGAGCAAGAGCAGCAAGCAUCUGAGGUGGCCACCAUAGGAGAUAAGAGCUUCAGCCUAUUGGUUGCAGAAUCUAAAGACUACUAUAAACCUAUGCUUGCUGAAACUUCCACCAGCUCCUACAGAAGAGAACAGAAAUUUCAGAUAAAACAUUGUGAGGUGGAAAAAUACAUCAGUGAAGAGCUGAAGUAUAAGAAAGAAGCCACAAAGCAGAAAAGAAAGAAAAGUAGUGAAGGUGCAGAUUUCAGAAAAGAAAAUGAGAAGCAAAAGAGAAUUAAAUUUGAGACAGACUUGGUAAAUGAGAAGAAGUCAAGACCUUGUAAAGACAAAAGACUUAAAGAAAACCCCACAGAGAGAGAGAACAAAAAGAACAAAAAGGGUAAAAAGAAGCCACAGACAGAUAGCAAAAGAGAAGAGGAGCUACUUUGGGAUGAAUCUGUCUUGGGAUAUUGAUAAAGGGUUUGCUUAGCUUUAAGUGACUGAUUCUGUUUGUAGACUCACUUAACUAUUUUGUACUAUAGUCCUUUUUUUUCUUUUUAAGCAAAGUUUUUGUUACAGUCUGGAAGUGAGAAAAAGCCUGUCUUCUGAAAUUUUGGGGCAGUAAGUAGACAUUAAUUUUUAGUCAUCUUACACAUACAGCAGCCAUUGCAGUGAUGUGAGUUUGAAAGUCUGUAAUCUCUUCUGGAAUAUACUGCAAAUAAGGGUCAGUAGCUUAUAGAGUGCUGUUGGAAUUUCACCAAAAUGUGUAACUUCUUUCUGAUAUUAGUGGUGCCUACUAUUGAGGUUUCUGUUAUCUUUCUAGGAAAGUACAUAAACUUGUAAGGUAAUUAAGGGCACUACAGUGUUUUGGGCCAUGUCUGUAACCAUUUCUCUGACAGAUUUAAAAGGAGAACAUGAAAGGCUUUUGAUUCCAGAUCGUAUGUGUAUUUGCUAUUGGAGUUUUUUGGUUUUGUUUUGUUGUUUGGGGUUUUUUUGUCACCCAGUUCUGAGUGGAAAAUGAGUCUAUUAAACACGCAACUGGUUGUCAGAUAUACAUUGUCUAGUAAUUUUUCUCAUUGUAAUCCUGAUUUUUAUUUUAAUUUAAUUUAGGAAACACAGAAAAGGUGCAAUAUGCAAAAUUAAUUGCUAACGUGAGGCUACGUUCUACUUCAUUCACUCAAAGUAAUGUACAGAAGGAACAUUAAAAUGAAGCUAGAUUUGUGAUCCAAGCAAUACCCUGAAAAUUCAGCAACAGCUUUGUAUUUCCAUUUUAAAUGUCAUGUCACCGAACCUUCAUUCAUGGUAUGGAUUUAUGUUAUUGUGGCAUGAGCACUGAUGUCCUACAUAUGACAAUUAAUUGAGAAACUUAGAUGAUGGGGUUCAAGCUUUUUGUGUUGCUCCCAGGACUCUCGGAUGACCUUCAGUGAGCCACAGACACUGGAAACGCAUCAAUCUCUACAGGGUGUGGAGCAGGCAGGCUGCCCAGGAGGAAGGGAGGAAUUGCAAUGCCUGCCUGCACUGUGCAGAGCUGGGGUUCUGUAAAGGAUUUGAAGUCUGUGUGAUGUCUUACUGGAAACUGCUGGAUUGAGUACAUACAGUUAAGCUCUAAAAAGCAAUCAUUUAAAAGCAAAGUCAUAAGACAACAUUUAGUAUCUCUUUUAUUGCCUUUAGGUUGCAAGAAAACUUUCUCUGAGCCUUGAUGUGGGAUCUGAAAGCCAUCAUGCUGUUGAGUCGCACCGCUUAGAGUGCGCUUUCCACUGGGUGAGGCUGUUUGUAGAGGCACCUGUGCUAAGCUGCUGCUUUUGGUAAAUCUGCCCAACUGAAACUUUCUGUUGUGGAUUGUUGUGGUGUGGGAUGGAGUAGAGACCAGGUCUCUCAAUCUUGAAUCCUGUCUGAUUUGGUUUAGUUUUUGUUCUGCGGGUGUAAGAAGUAGGUUGAAAAGCUCUGAAGAUAAUGUAGUCUGCUUUAUGUUUUUAAGGAUUUGUGUUUUGUGGUUGAUUGCAAUCUUGGAUUUAGACUUUUCCUGCUGCUGAUAAAGUUACAAAUCUGAGUAGUCAGCAUCUGAGCUGUCAAGUAACUUAGUCCAUCCUCUGUCAGACAAGCUAAACUAGAUACAUGUACAGCUAAACAAAGUUGACCAGGGGCAUGUAGGUGCCAGUAACAGUUCAUGGGUCAGGAGUCUCAGGAACCUGAACAUGGAGGUCCACGGGGACAGUUUUAAGUUCAAAGUGUACACAGGGUCCUUGUUCUGGUCCCCUUUCCUUAUCUUUCCUGGUCUUUGUUUGAGGCUGACAAUGCCUUUGCUUUUCUCAGUGGCUCUUCUUCCUCGCUCAGGAGUUAUGUGCUUUUCUGUGUCUUUCCAAGGACUCUUCCCCUGGUUUCCUUAGCCCCUGCUCGUCUGGAGUCUCAAGUCACACAUUAAUAACUGCUUUUCUCAUUAUUUACUUGGGAAGAGAGCGGAUUGGAUCGUAACUUACGCUAUACUGUUGACGACAGUUAUGAGCUGUUGUAAACUGCCAACUGCAGGCUGCUUGUGUUGUCCCACAGUGUGACUGGGGAGGUUUUUAAGUGCUCUCUCCUAUAUAUACUCUUUGCUGUGAGAGUAACAUGGGCAACACUGCAGCUUGUCUCCCGUGUAAGACAAAUAAUGACUUUCUUUUCUCUCGGGACACCUAGUUUAGCAAACUAGGCCUUGUAAGAACUCUUUGAUAUUUCUGCCACACUGACAAAUAGGACUGUACAAAUAUGGCCAGUGUCUUCACAAUUACUAGUAGGGAACCCUUGCUCCAUAUGGUCACGUACGCUUCCUUUCCUUAGGAAGUCAGCCUAAAAAAAAAUUAGACCUCCAGCAGAUGGAAAGGCCAUGA